AAGGUUGGUCUGCUCCUCUGUUAGCCCCCCCCAGCCAAGUUUCAGUCUGAAAGCUUUGGCUCUCCAUGGUUUCCUCCUCGGCUCCUUGUGCUGACUUUAUUUUCUUUGUUCAGUCUAAAUGUUUGUGAUGGAUUUUUGCUUUUUAUUAUUUCUCAAUGUGGACAUUCCUAUCUGAAGACGAGAGGCCUUGCCUGAGGCUUGUGGGGGAAGUAAGAGGACAAGCAGACAAAAAGGAUUUAGAUUUAAAGCAUAGAAAAGAGCUCAAACUGACUCAGACUCUGCUGCUGUUUCUGGAUUAAUCUGAAAAAGGGGCAUCUGAAUCAGUAUGGGUACGUCAAGAAGCAAGAAGAAUCUGUGGAUGCUUUAUGAGACCGAGGUACCACACACCAGGUUUUGCGMUCCAGCUUCUGGUUCCAGUCCUGCAGAGAAGCUGAGACCAGAGCAUCUGCAGCUCCUGAGAAAUGCAUUCACCUGUCCAAAACCACAGGCAUGCAGGUCAGACGAAACACGUAGAGAUGAAGCUGAGGAAUCUGGAAUUGAGUUGAAACAAUUCAAGGAGCUGUUGAGAUCUGUGAUCGGACCAAGUAUUGAUGACUCGUGGGCUGAGAGAUUCUAUAAUGAGGUUGAUGUCUGCUGCACUGGGCAGAUAAAGUGGCAGCAGCUGUGUUCUUACUUGUUUCUGGAGUGCACUGAGAGGCAGCGGGCCUCUGCUCCCACAGCAGCUCUGAUGGACGUCCAGCCUGACUUCAGGCACUGCGCUCACAAUAAGCGGGAGCCGACAGUUCGUGUGGUUGCGGUUUUCCACCCGCCCUCGUUGCUCCUCUACGUUAGUGUCAGUAAAGGGGGUCAGGUCACCAUCUGGAACAGCUGCCUACACGUUCUCAGAUCUGUAAUGCUUGCUGGAGACCCGACAGAGGAAGUUGCCAACACAAAACGGUUCAGAGGCUGGGCAACUGAUGCUGUGUCCAUGGGCAGCUGCCAGAMGGUUGCCAUCGCAACCAGCUGCAGAGAUUUGCACUUUGUCCACAUCUCUGCRACCUCUGCAUAUGAGGAUGUGCAUCUGUUUGGGUUUCGCAGUGUCCUGACUGCUCUUUGUUACUCACAUGAUGCACAGUGUCCGGAUAAACCUCCACUUAUGAUCCUGGGAGAUGAAAAUGGAGAAGUCCACCUGAUGUGGUUUCUGAAGCCAUCUAAAGGUCUGUUCAAGAAUCCAUCCAAGAAAGAAAAAGGCCCUCAACGGAUCUUCUUUCCAGAACUCAGUGAACACAGCAGCAUGGUCUCAUAUCGCCACAUUCCCAACAUCCACAAGGARCCAAUCAACAGAGUGAUUUUUGAGGCUGGUUCUAACAUCGUCAUGACUUCAUCAGAAAGUGACGCCACAUCUGUGGUCUUCACCGACGUCUCACUGAGGAAGAAGCCUCAGAUUUGGAGGAUUGUGCAGGGAGCUAAAUGCUUCGACUAUGAUUCCUCCCUGGAGCUUCUGGUCACAGGAGGCUGUGACCGAAAAGUAAGACUCUGGACUCGAUAUGUGACCUCGAGUCCUGCAGCUACUCUGUCGGGUCAUUGUGCCGGUGUGUUGGACGUCGCAAUCUACCACCCUGUCCGCCAGAUCUUCAGCUAUUCCAGAGACUCUGAAUUGAGGGUAUGGGACAUUUCCAGCCAUCACUGUCUGAAAACCAUCCUCCUGCAGUUUCCCUGCUUGCAAACAGGUCGUCUCCCAGAACAUGGCAACUUCCCAUUCCUGCUGCUGAGCCCCCCUCUUCCUGARGAAAUACUGCCUAACUUAGUGGUGGGCUGCAAGGACUACCUGGCGAACCUGACAUUGGCUGAAGCACAACAAGGUUAUGGUGGUUGGUUGACAGAUGAAAGAAGCAGCCCAUCCCUCUCUUGCGCUCUGUACAACCCCUCCCUGCGGCAGGUGGUGACCGGACACGUGGACUCGUCCAUUUUACUGUGGGAUGUUGAAACAGGUCAGAAGAGGCUUCGCAUUUCAAAUGCACACGGAGGGGAGGGACUCACCUGCAUGGAACUGGACUCAUCUCACAGGAGACUGAUCACUGGGGCUCAGAAUGGCACCAUAAAGGUCUGGAAUUUUCUAAAUGGCCUUAAUUUGCACAAAUUGGAGCCCAUCUCUAACUCGGAGGUCACUGGUCUGACUUGUCUUCAUGACAACCUGCUGCUUGCUGUGGGGUGGAGCCAGUGCAUCGCUCAGUAUAACAUUGCCAAAACCAAGGAGCUGAAGGUGAAAGCAGACUURUCCUGGAGGUCCAGAGGCGUUCAUGAGUUGGACAUCGUAGCUAUAUGUACGUGCUCCUCUCUGGGAGUUGUUGCCACAGCGAGCUAUGAUGGCGAGCUGGUCAUCUGGAGACUGGAAACACAAGAACCAGUCCUCCACCUGCAAAGGAGGGGACAGGGACAGGAUAAACAGGCCCUUCCUGUGGACGUCCUCCUGUUCUUUCAGUAUCGAGCUGCAAACCAGUGGUUAGGAGACAAGGGGGUCCUGGUUUCAUCACAGGCUGGUUGGCUUUGCUUUUGGAGUGUCACUGGAGAGAAACACACUUUUGGCCGCUUUUACGCUCCAAAGCAGCCAGGUGAACACGUUCUUAGCCUGAGCUCGGAUCAGACCAAAAACACCCUCCUGGUCUCCGGUGACACGGCAGGCUGCCUCCAGAUCUGGGACAUUUCUUCAUUUGCACUGAACAUUCAGCCUGAGUCGGCUCAUGAGGAACCUCCACUGCUGUGGCGUUGGAGCGCUCAUAAAAGCCCGCUGGUCUGUGUGGAAGUCCUCGAUGUGGCUGAUCAAGCCUUCAUCCUCACARCAUCCACUGAUGGUUCAGCUGGACUGUGGACGAAGGAAGGAGAUCACGUGGGUUUUUUUGGGCAACAGGUGACGUGGAGCAUCAGURAUCCAGCUACUUACCACAGGAACCAGCAGAGCACGGAUCUAAAGGAGGGGACCAAAAAUGACAAAGCAGGGCAGAGUGAGGUCAAAGGUCAAGUAUUUGACCUGACCAACCCGGGUCAGACACAUGAAGAAUGUUGUUCUGUAGCCACUUCAGCCUCAGACUCAGCAGAGAACAGCUGUGAGGAACCACAGGAACCCGUGGUGCCCUGUGAGCACGCAAUCAGCAGCUGAUGAGUGUAAACAACUUGAUUUGUCUUGUUUUCGCACACAUUCGUCAUCUGCCUGACAGGAUCUGUAGAAGAACUUUGGUCAAACUUGUUUCUGUCACCACACUGAUUGCUUCCUUCAUGAAUCGUCAUGCUGUCUCGUGUCACAACCAAACACUUCUCUUUGCUUCAGAUUGACUCUCUGGUUUUACAAAAGAAAGUGUCUCAAACUAAGCCAGCUCAAGAUGCUAAUGCUUCGUUUCUGAAGGAAUGCAAUGAGAUGUUUCCACUCAUUUAGUUUUAGAAAUGUUACUGCAGAUCCUCAAAGUGGUCAAAAAUCUGAUGGAAAGAGAAAGUAAUAAAAGAAGGAACUGUGUCGUUCAAGUUGUACUUCUUUUUAAAUCCUAAAUAUUUCAAAAUUUCUAAAAAUAUGUGAAAGCUGGGUGAUAAUGUUUUUUUGUUUUUCCUAAGUUUGUGUCAGUGUCUGUUUGUAAAAUAUCUAAUGAAACACUCGACAGACUUGAAUGAAACUGCAGUGAGUAAUAAUUAGAUGUACGUCUACAACUGAUUCAUUUUUGGAGUCAACCCAAUUCAAGAUGGCCGCCACAGCCAACUAAUCUUAGAAAGCACCUAUAAGGCUGUAACUUACUCAGUAUUACAGAUAUUAUAUUAAAAUCUAUAGUGAUUAUAGCUGAGAGUCAUUUACAAUACAUAUAUUGAGCUCUACAUGUUGCACAAAAUCUUUGCAUGAAAACUUCAGGACUAACUGCUGUUGUCAACCAUGUUUGUCUGUUAGCAAAAUAUCUCCUGAAUCACCUGGCUUAUUUUAAUGAAACACUCAGAAAGUAAUUACUGGAUUCUGCAACUGAUUAGCUUUUGGAGUCAAUACAAUUCAAGAUGGCCACCAAACUACUUAACAUUAGCUAACAUAAAAGUGCCUCUAGUUUGGCCAAUUUAAAAAAAUUGAUCUUGUGGUAGUAGCUCAGAUUUAUUCCUAAGACAUAAUUAGAGCGCUGCACAUUGUGCGACACCUUUGCUUAAAACUUUGGCAUUAACAAGGUUUUUAUUUUGUGUGGCUGUAACACUGCAACAUCAAACAAGGUGCUCUUUAAUAUGCACUGAUUUGUAUUUUUUUCAAAGCGUGUUGAACUUUGAACAUUUCUGUAAUUCAAAUUAUGUGAAUUAGUCAGGAUGGUACAUGAACUACCAAGCUUCUGCUUGUAUUUCAUUCUAACAUAUUUUGGGACUUCUUUUGGGGGGAAACCCCUGGGUUGAUGGUGAUUUAGCAUAAAACUGAAACUACCUGAUCAGCACUGAUGUUCAACCACUCUGCAAACAAGCGGAUGUGGGAAAAAAGACACUGUUUUACAAAUAAAUGGUUUAGUUUUA